CGUCCGCGCCGCCGAGGGGAGGCCGCGCCGGGGCCGGGCCGGGAACGGGACCGGGAGCGGGAACGGGACGGGAGAGGGGCCAUGAGCGACAUCCGGCACUCGCUGCUGCGGCGGGACGCGCUGAGCGCCGCCAAGGAGGUGCUGUACCACCUGGACAUCUACUUCAGCAGCCAGCUGCAGAACGCGCCGCUGCCGCUCGUGGACAAGGGCCCCACCGAGCUGCUCGAGGAGUUCCUCUUCCAGGUCCCCAAGGAGCGCGGGGCGCCGCCCAAGAGACUGAACUCCCUUCAGGAACUCCAGCUCCUUGAGAUCAUGUGCAAUUAUUUCCAAGAGCAGACCAAGGACUCAGUCCGGCAGAUCAUCUUUUCAUCUCUCUUCAGCCCCCAAGGGAACAAGGCAGAUGACAGCAGGAUGGCCCUGCUGGGGAAGCUGGUGUCCAUGGCAGUGGCUGUGUGCAGGGUUCCUGUGCUGGAGUGUGCUGCCUUCUGGCUGCAGAGAACCCCUGCUGUGUUCUGUGUGAGGUUGGCCCGGGCACUGGUUGACGACUACUGCAACUUGGUGCCAGGCUCCAUCCAGACCCUGAAGCAGAUCUUCAGUGCCAGCCCUCGCUUCUGCUGCCAGUUCAUCACAUCUGUCACAGCUCUCUACGACCUCUCUUCAGAUGACCUCAUCCCUCCUUCAGACCUGCUGGAGCUGAUCGUUUCCUGGAUCUUUGAGGACCCCCGUUUGAUCCUCAUCACCUUCCUGAACACUCCCAUCGCAGCCAACCUGCCCAUAGGGUUUUUGGAGCUCACCCCGCUGACCGGACUGAUCCGCUGGUGCGUGAAGGCCCCCCUGGCCUACAAGAGGAAGAAGAAAGCCUCUCUCUCCAAUGGACACGCUCCCAGCAAAAUUGCCAAGGACUCGGCUUCAGGAGAAGACAAAGAUUGCCACCAGCUGUACUCAAAGCUGCACCUGAGUGUCCUGCAGGUUCUGAUGAUGCUUCAGGGGCACUUGACGGAGAAGAACCUUUACGGGCGCCUGGGGCUGGUGCCCUUUGACCACGUGGUUCCGCUGGUCGAGGAAAUCAACAGACUGUCAGAUGAACUCAAUCCUCUCAAUGCAUCCAAAGAGAUUGAACUGGCUCUGGACAGGCUGGCCCAGGCUUUGCAGGUGGCCAUGGCAUCAGGAGCACUCCUGUGCACUAGAGAUGACUUGAGGACUGUGUGCUCCAGGCUACCACAUAACAACCUGCUCCAGCUGGUGAUCUCGGGUCCAGUGCAGCAGCCCACCCACGGGGCCCUGCCACCAGGGUUUUACCCCCACAUCCACACCCCUCCGCUGGGAUACCCCGCGCACGCCGCUCACCCCGCGCUGCCGGCGCACCCCGCGCUCCCGGCACACCCCGUGCAGACCUUCAUUCCAGGAAUGACAUUCCCAUACCGGCCCAUCCGCUAGGACCGAGGCUGUCCCAGCUCCCCUGGAGCCUGGGGAAGCCUCGAAGAUAAAACCAAACUGUCCUGGGAACCACAUUUUCCUCUCUGGAGCGAAGCCGAGCGUGAGGGAUCGGCCCUUUGGCAGCAGGCGUGGAAGGUUUGGCCAUGGGAUGCAGAUACUAAGGGACAAAACAGGGGGUGGGAAUAUGCAACAGAAACUCCAAACCUCUGCUGUGUGUGGAAAUCCUUUUGCUCCAAGGGUCUGAUAUUCCUCAGUCGUGCAUUUUUCACCUGGAUGUGUUCACGGCACACUGAGCCCAGCUGCUCUGGCUCUGGGGGGGCCAGGAGAAAAGGCCCCGUGUGAUUUUUGGGUUUUUCCAAGCUAUUCCACCCCAGCCUGCUUGUUUCUUUGUAAAUGUUUGUAUCUAUAGCUACAGAGGAUGUGUACACUGUAUAUUUUUGGAACACAGACAUUUGUUUGGGAAGCACAAGGGUAGAGUAAAGCAGCACUUCCUAUUAAAGGAACCAAUUUAAGAAGCAUUGAAACAAA